GGUUUUAUAUAAAAGUUCCAUAGACCUACCAAGGAAUCACUUUCAGUCUCUGUGGCAGAUCAAGAUAUUGUGCGCUAUUUUAGCUCAAAAUGUACCAUUUGAAGUUUGCUACCAUUUGUAUUUCUUUUUUGGUUUUUGCCCUUUUCUGCGAUAAAACAAAUGCAAAAAGUGGUUGUGCCCUUUUCGGCCAUUCCUGCUACGGGGGUAUCGGCAAAAGGGCAGACAUGUCAAGUGGAGAAAGCCUGGAGACCAAUGUUCCAGAGAGCAACAGCCCUGCCCUGUUUAUUCCAGGUUUUCAUUCUGGGUUUCGAAUUUCCAAGCCGAUUAGGUAUAUACAAGCGACCCCUGAACAAUAUAAAGAGGUUUCCCAGUUUUUAGAUAAAAAAGACCUAAUCGAGCAAGAGUGAAUUUAGCGUGUUCAUUAUAAAUAAUGUUUCUUGAUGAAUUAUAAUAAACCAGCAUUUAAAAAACAUGUUUUAUUUAAAAA